AUGUCUUCUAGAUUACCUGAGGACGAGGAGGAACGUCAGGAGAGCCCUUCGGAAAGGUCAGACUCAUCCUCUCAGCUAGUCUUCCUCCCACCCCCCAACAGUGAGCCUUCAUCCGUCAGAUGGGAUCGGCAUGCUGCUUUCGAACCGGUUGUUGAUCCUUUUUUCAACCUUGUGGCUCGUCGAGAGGACGGCAGACCCCGUCUCUUCCCUCCGUUCUCGGGGUGGAAUGAGGAAGAAUCUAGAGCUUGCGGUGACCCCUAUUGCAAACACGAUGUCGUCUUUCAUGAGCAUGCACUUGACAAGCACGAGACAUGCGAGUCCUGUGGCCUUGUCCCGGCGCUCGGUUGGUUCUAUCGUUGUGGUGUAGACAUCACCGGCUUCUCCCACCGCAUGGAACCGGGCCAGGCCCCCGUCCUCAGUCCUUGGAUAUCCGACGCCAUCAAGGCUGGUCACUACACGGAAAUACAGAAGAGAAUAUUGAUGUGGCAGAAAAUUAGGGUCCUGCAGACAGUUGCCGCAGAACACUCCGAACAUCUUGUUGCUUUCCCUGUGACUGGAGUCAUCUAUGGCAUAGGCGAUGACGAUGACGAUGACGACGAGAAUCCGCACGUGGAUUUUGUCGAAGACGUCUCCAAUACCGAUCCAGACCAGUUUUCCGAAGACCGCCCCUUGCUACAAUCGUCAGUCUACCCUCCUUGCAGCCAUCGCGCCUGCUACAACUGUGCACCUCAUCUUCAAGAACGAGCAUGGGGCAGCAUUAACGAGGUGUGCAGAGACACGGCUGUCAGGGCUCCCAGUCAGUGGGAUUUGCGUGACCGCAGCAUAUCGGAUGCAAACAUUGUCAGGAACUUGGGUCUCCGACGUUUCUCUCCAUCACGUCCCGGAGCUGAAUCAAGCACAUCGCUCGCUGAGGACAGUAAAUCACCAUCGGCCCUGUUGAAGAAGCUUGUGGAUAAGGCGACCAAGAGGUCCGGUUCGUCUAAACAUACCAAACCGACUACCACCGUUCUUCCGGUCCUUACUGCCCAAGUUGCUGGGUCCGUUGCUGGUUGUUUUACCAACGCUCCUCCUACCGCAUCAGGUGUUGCUCAAUCUAUAGAACCACUCGCUACUCCAUCUGCUCAGCUAUCUACUCAGCAAUCUACUCAGCCAUCUGCUGCACCAAUCACCGCGCCCCUUCCGCCUCCUCAUCUUGAAAUUCCUGAGUGGCUCAUGGCAAGUGGCAGUUCGUCUAGCUCACACUCCACGAACUCGACCGCUAGGAACCCGCAAGCAGGGUCGUCGCAAGCGGGACCAUCUGGAACGUCUCGACGGAGCUCUACUAUCUCAGGACAGCCAGCGACUGCCCAAGGCGCAUGGAACAGUAUUAACAAGCAUCCUCGCCGCCCGAACGUCAGUUCUCGCACCCCGCGUACUAUCGUUAGAGUCCCGGCAACCGUGAAUGAAGAAUACGAAGAAGACCAUUGGUCCGGAAGAGGUCAUGAAGAAGAAGAAGACGAUGCUGAUGAAGACUACGACGAGGACGAUGAAGAUGACGAGUCGGGCGGUUGUCUCCUUGAUUUCGCGUCUCGUGCAGAGGAGGACAGAGAACGCCGUUCCUGAAGUAAUGAUCGACCAAAGAUACGAGCGCCCAAAAAUCAGCGAAAUAUUACUGGCGUACAGCCAGAAGGGUAUUCAGCCAGUGGUGACGGCAAUCAAGUUGCUACUAUUACGAUGAUCCGCUCUUCGCGGGAUGAGC